AUGGCGUUUGCUGAACUCCUGGACCAAGUGGGCAGCCUGGGCAGGUUCCAGGUUCUGCAGAUGGUGGCCCUGGUGGCCCCCAUCAUGUGGCUUACCACACACAACCUGCUAGAGAACUUCUCGGGUGCUGUGCCUAGCCACCGCUGCUGGGUGUCCCUCCUGGACAACAGCACAGGCCAGGCCAGCACCCCCGGGACCCUGAGCCCCGAGGCGCUGCUGACCGUCUCCGUCCCACCCGGCCCUCAACAGAGGCCUCACCGGUGCCGCCGCUUCCGCCACCCACAGUGGCAGCUCCUAGACACCAACGCCACAGCGGCCAACUGGAGCGAGGCCACCACGGAGCCGUGCGUGGACGGCUGGGUUUACGACCACAGCACCUUCACCUCCACCAUCGUGACCCAGUGGGACCUGGUGUGUGACUCUCAGGGCCUGAAGCCAAUGGCCCAGUCCAUCUUCCUGGCUGGGGUCCUGGUGGGAGCCGCCAUAUGUGGCCACAUCUCUGACAGGUUCGGGCGCAGGCUGGUGCUGACCUGGAGCUACCUUCAGAUAGCCACGGCGGGCACCACGGCUGCCUUCGCCCCCACCUUCCCUGUGUACUGCGUGCUCCGCUUCCUGGUGGCUUUUGCCAUAGCUGCUGUCAUUAUGAACACGGCCACUCUCCUGAUGGAGUGGACAUCGACACCGGCCCGGCCCUUGGUGAUGACCUUGAACGCCCUGGGCUUCAGCUUCGGCCAAGUCCUGUUGGCUGCUAUGGCCUACGGUGUGCGCGACUGGUCCAUGCUGCAGCUCGCUGUCUCGGCCCCGUUCUUUCUCAGCUUCCUGUAUUCUUGGUGGCUGGCAGAGUCGGCGAGAUGGCUCCUCAUCACGGGCAGAAUGACCCAGGGCCUGCAAGAGCUGCAGAAGGUAGCCAGCAUUAACGGAAAGAAGGCAGCCGGGGAGGCACUGACCAUGGAGGUCUUGCUCUCAGCCAUGCAGGAGGAGCUGAGUGUGGGCCAGGCUCGGGUUAGCAUGAGUGCCCUACUCUGCACACCUGGACUGUGCCACCGGACCUGCGUCUCCACAUUGUGCUGGUUUGCUUUCGGCUUCACCUUCUAUGGCCUGGCCCUGAACCUGCAAGCCCUAGGCAGCAAUAUCUUUCUGCUGCAGUUCCUCAUUGGGGUGGUGGACAUCCCAGCCAAGAUAGGCACCCUGAUGGCUCUGAGAUAUCUGGGCCGACGCCCUACGCUGGCUGGGUCUCUGCUGCUGGCCGGGCUCUGCAUCCUGGCCAACAUGCUGGUGCCCCAUGAGAUGGAGGCCCUGCGCUCGACCUUGGCCGUGCUGGGCCUCGGCGGGGUGGGGGCUGCCUUCACCUGCAAAAACACCUACAGUGGUGAGCUCUUCCCCACGGUGCUCAGGAUGACUGCAGUGGGCCUGGGCCAGAUGAUGGCCCGUGCGGGCGCCAUCCUGGGGCCCCUGGUGCGGCUGUUGGGGGUGCACAGAUCCUGGCUGCCCCUGCUGGUUUACGGCAUGGUCCCGGUGCUGGCCGGCCUGGCUGCUCUACUGCUACCUGAGACGCAGAACCUGCCCCUGCCCGACACUCUCCAGGACGUGCAGAGACAGGCAGUGAAGAGAGCAGCCCACGGUACACAGAGUCACUCUGUCCUGAAGUCCACACAGUUUUAG